AAGAGUACAGGAGUGAGAGGAGAAGGGAAGAGAGAUAAAGGCGCCCUCUUUCUCCCUCCCUCCAAUCUCUCUCUCUCUCCUCGCGCAGCGGCAUUAAUGGAUUCCACAGCCGCGGCCACCUCCCACCUCCGCCUCCUCUCCCCCUCGGCAAGAACCCUAAUGUGACGCCCCCCGCGUCUCGCACGGGUCCUCCUCCGCGGCGCCGUUUGCUCGAGGUGUUCGUAGGGAAAAAAAAAUCGCUGCUUUGGGAGCUCCCGGGCGAGGCACGGCCCAAUGCGGCUCGAUCCGGAUUAGUCUGCGCGGCGAUUCGGCUCGUAUUGGGCGCUGGCUCGGUGAAUCCCGCGCCGUUGACCCGCGCUGCCUGGGAAAGGCUGGAUCUUUAUGGCGUUCUGUGCUAUGGGUGUGGCUGACUCGUGGUUUCUUGGAGUGGUUUGGGUGGCGGAUUACCAGCAUUCUGCUUAAAUCUGUAGAAAUUUGUUGGUUUGGAUGCGGGGUUCAGCUCUUGUUUGGAUUCUCUUGGUUUUUUGAGAGUUUUCCUGGGUCAAAUUUGGGAUAAAGAUUGGAUUUUGGGGGUGACAAACUCGGUGCUGGUGCCCUCUUGGUUAGUUACUUUAGCUGCAUUUGGGCUAAAUGUGCUUAGGUCUCUUGUAGUUGUUGAUUUGUUGUGUUUAUUUGAGCAGCUUUAUUUGCAGGUUGAGAUAGCGAGGAGAGAUGGAUGUGGAGAAAGUUGCUUCGAAGGGGCAUGGCUUCUUUGGCCUGUUUGAUUGGGGUAAAAAGUCUAAGAAGCAGCUAUUCAUCGGGAGCGCAAGCGGUUCCCCCAAUCCAAAGAAUACUGGAGACGGGAAGGAAGUUGAUGGCAGCACACCAAGUACACGGUCCAAUUCGAUCCUUGACGAUGCGCUGAGCUUGAAGGAAAGCAGUGAACAUAGUUGCUCAUCUUCAGUAAUUGAUGAAGAAGCUCAGGCGAGGAGGUGUCCCACUGUAGUGGCUAGGCUUAUGGGUUUGGAUGCCAUGCCUGCGGCAAGCUCAUCCGAAUCCAAUCCCAUGCCAUUAACUGUGCAACCACCCUUACAUACAACUACUCAUGAAGAUUUGAUUAGCAGAAGUUAUGUUGGUAGUCCCCAUAAGAUGCCAGGUAGUCCUAUUGAUCGGUUUAAAAUGGAAGCACUGCCUCCAAGACUUGCCAAGAGGACACUAUCUGUUGCACAAUAUAAGUUAUUGUCUCCCAUGAAGAACCCUAAUCAUAUAUCCAGCAGAAAUGCAGCUGAUAUAAUGGAGGCAGCAUCUAGGAUCAUUGGGCCUGGAGUCGAAAAUAUCAGUUCUUACAGAGUUCAUGAUGUUGGGCUCACAAAUACUGUGCGUGCCUACAACCCAGGAGAGAUCGUAGGAGUCCAACAAAGGUCACAAAAGCUUAAUGAAGCACCGAGGAAACGUGAUGGCCCUUCAUUGUUUAGGCCACCAAAUGGAAAACCUUUGGAUGGAAGGUUGAGAAGUUCAGAGAGCACCUCGUCUUCCAGGAUCUCACAGUCAAAUGGAUGUGCUCCAGUUGGUCCAAAAGUCAAGGUUGGCAAUAGAUCAUCAAAUGUUGCUCGAGCUAUGCAUGCCCCAGGAAAAGAAGGCACAAGAAAAGGCGGUAGAAAGCUCGAAACUCGCAGGAACCCUGAGAAUAGCAUGGUUGAGAGAAAUGGGUUGAACACACAAAAGGAUAAUAACCAAAUGGGCACAGCAAGUUCGUCCAGUGUGCUUGUGCCAAACAACAGAAAGCAGAACGCUAUGGUCAUCAAACACAGGGUGAAUUCAAACCCAGCAACACCCAGCCGGCAACGAAGCAAUAUUCAUCAAAUAAAUGCCUCUCCCAGAAAGGUUGCGGCAGCUAACACAUUUGCUGGAAACAAUACUCAAGGUAGAAGAAAGGUGGACUUGCAGUCAACCACUCAUGCAAAUGUAAGAAAUAAUUCUACAGCCAAAGUGAUCCCCAAGCCAAGAAGGUUACAAGACAGGAGGAUGUACUCUGAUAAAAGCCACUCAAAUGAUGGCAUUACUUCUGACAAAAGUCAGAGGCGGAUUCGGCACAAUAUUGUGAUAGAUGAGCAAUCGUCUUUUUCAACAAACAAAAAGAAAAUCAGCACUGAGAUUGUUUCAUUCACAUUUACCUCACCAGUUGACAGAUUAUCACAUGGUGCUCACUUUCCCAAUCAUUCAGUGGAAAAACAGUUCAGAGAGAAUUUGAACGCUGUGUCAACUUCAAGCAAUACAUUGAACACUAAACUUGAUGUCAUUGAUGGUGAUUAUUUGGGACAUCUGUUGGAGCAGAAAUUGAGAGAGUUGACAUCAGGGGUGAGAUCACCUUAUUCGAAGCCAGCUAAAAGUGUUAGAGUAUACGCCCCUUCACCAGUCUUGGAAGAUACAGCAUCAGCAUGUGAAACAUCUAGCAUUGCUUCUACUGAUUAUGAUAGGGAGUCUUUACAGUCUUCCAAGGAUGGAAAAACUACUCUCGCCCAGACAGAUCGUGCUACAAAAAGUGGCCAGUCAUUUCAAUCUGCGAAGUAUGAUAAUGAUGUCACGGAUCAAGCGGAUCUGGAGAAUCUUCGCCUAAGUCUCCUUUCGACAUGGGAAGCUUCUAUUUCGACCGAAACCUUCAGCUCAUCAGAGAGCUGGAGGAGUGCAAACGGAACAAGAUUAUUUAGUUCAACAGAAGGAGCAACAACUUCUGAUUCUGCACACUUCAACAAAUAUCUAGAAGUGGAUGCCUUGCCAGAAUAUUCCGACACAGCCUCAUCAAUCAUAGUGACUACAGCAGAAAUCCCGCGAUCAGAAAGCAGCAGCUCAUGCCAUAUGGAUUAUAGACAGGAGGUGGAGUUUAUAAGAGAAAUAUUGAAUGCUAGUUCACCCAUUGGUCACAUUUUCUCUUGUUUGGAGCGGUUUGGUAAUUCGGAUAUUCUGGAUCCGCAUCUGUUGGAAGAAUUAAAUGGCAAUAUUAGGUCAUUGGUUGGUGAAGAGGGCAAAGCUUAUAGAUUGAGGCGGAGGCUGCUCUUUGACUGUGUAAAUGAAUUAUUAAGUGUGAGAUGUGCUUACUACUUCAACGCUGGCUACGGUUCAUGGUUUAUGGGGAUGGCGGUUCUGCAGAACUUGUCAGCGGAAGAAAUCCAUCAAGAGAUGACCAGUCUGAAGGUUGCUGAGGAGUGGAUGGUAGAAGAACUUGUGUACAGAGAAAUGAGUAGUCCUCUGGGGAGUUGGGUUGAUUUCAAGAUGGAAUCAUACCAAGCUGGUGGAGACAUAGCGACGGAGUUGUUAGCUUCCUUGACUGAUGAAGUGGUUGCUGAUCUUCUGACUGGCUCGUUUUUGUAGCAGAUGUUGAUCCCCUCACUAACGAUACCAGUUGACAGUCAAAAGGUUUUUGUUCCGUGUGGUGUCUUACAUUGUAUAUUGGUAGUUUGCUCAUGGAACUGUGUAGUGUUUGUAAGAUGAAAUGUCGCUAACAUACCAUUAUCCGAUGGCUGAUCGAUGCCUGUCAUGAGUGAAAAAAACAUUCUUGACCUGUUGUUUUACGGACAAUUGGAGCAAUUAUGGAGGAAUAGCUAUCUGGUUCAUUUUGGGUAGGUACUGUCAAUGUAUUAGCAGUCGCCUAUGAGUUGUCUUGGUGCAGAAAAAUGGCAACAUAUGCCAACUUUGCGGUCCAUGGUUAUGAAUGUAUGUUCAGGGGUUCAAGGUA